GUCUGUUUUAAGUUCUGUUAUCAGUAAGAGCGUAGAUACUUAUUAAUUUUCAUAAAAUUUUUAUACUUUUUGUGUGUUUUUUUUAAUAAAGAUUUUCAUAUUUUAAAGCAUAUCUUGCCAGUUUUAUUUACAAGAAAUGGCUUGUUUCGGGAGACUGUUCCUUCGUGAUAUUCGUUCGUAUGAUUUAUCGACCGUACCAUCAAACAUUGAUGAGCACGUUUAUAAACAUAGAUACCGAGAUUGCAAUGAAGCCGCGAUAUCUUGGGAUCAAAAUAAAAGCGACAAUUUUGAUGUACAAACAAAACAAGAACGCAGUGAAUCUGGCUUUGAUUCAAUAAAUGAUGGAUUAUCUAUCAAUAAUACUAAUGAUUUUAAUCACAUUCAGUUGAAUAUUCCUCUUCCACCUACUCGCAAACCUCCCGAGGCGCCAAUUGCAUCCGCAGAUUUCUCUCCACAACAAUCUCCCGUUCCGAUAAGAAAAUUCCAUAGGCAAACCAUUCCCGACAUCAAUUUUAUUGAAUCGACUCCCUCUCCUAUACUCAAGGGAAAUCAUAACGAGACUCAAUUCUUAAUUGAAAGCAACGAAAGCAAUGACAUCAGAAAUCGUGAGAGUGAAAUUAAAAUUGACGAAUUACAUGUUGAGCCUUCAAGUUUAAACAUGAGAAAGGAAGGAAUAAUUGCUGAAAGAAUUAAUGUUGGCGAGAUGGAAGAAUUUCAAAUAAAAAUUUAUCCAAAAGAUCGAAAGUAA